UCACAAAAUACAACGAAACACGAACACAAAACGAUUUACCAAUCGAUCAAUCGAGAUCACAAGAACAAUCGCCAUACCAUGGCAGCCACGAUCAGAUUUUGCUUACUAGUAUCGCUGUUUGCCUCCAUAACUCUCACUACCACCGUCCAAGCUCACGUAUUCGACGUCACCAAGUACGGCGGAUCUCCCAAUUCCGACAUCACCCAGGCGUUCUUGAAAGCCUUCGCCGAUGCCUGCGCCUCCCCGAUCGCAGCCUUCGUCGUGAUCCCCGACGGGACGUACCAGAUCGGCGUCGUCAACGUGAAAGGGCCGUGCAAAGCCCCCGUCGAAAUCCAGCUGCAGGGAAUCCUAAAGGCGCCGGUCAACACCCCCGGCGACGCCUGGUUCACUUUCGGCUACAUCGACCACUUCUCCAUCACCGGCUGCGGCACCUUCGACGGCAUGGGGAGCGCCAUAUACGGUAAAAGCAAAUCCAAGACCGUGGUUUCGUACAAUCCUCGUGCGCAGAACAUCAGGUUCAACUACAUCACCAACGGGAAGGUGGAAGGGAUCACCAGCAAAGACAGCAAGCAGUUCCACAUCAACGUCCUGGGUUGCAAGAACCUCAUCUUCUGCAAGAUGACGAUCAUCGCGCCGGCGGACAGCCCCAACACCGACGGCAUCCACAUCGGCCGGUCCAGCGACAUCCAGGUCCUCGACACCAAGAUCGCCACGGGCGACGACUGCAUCUCCAUCGGCGAUGGGCUCCAGCACCUGACCGUCGAGCGGGUCACUUGUGGGCCGGGCCACGGCAUCAGCGUGGGGAGUUUGGGCCGGUACCCGAACGAGGCCCCGGUCCAGGGAAUUUGGGUCAGGCAGUGCACGUUCAAGGGCACCGACAACGGCGUCAGGAUCAAGUCGUGGCCCGAUAUGGAGCCAUGUGAAGUGUCCGACGUGCAUUUCGACGACAUCACUAUGGAUAACGUGUGUAACCCUAUCAUCAUUGAUCAGGUUUACUGCCCCUCCAAUGAGUGCAAGUCCAAGGGACCGUCGAAGGUGACGAUUAGGGAUGUGAGCUUCAAGAACAUCAAGGGUACGGUGAGGGGAGACGACGCGAUCAUGAUCAGCUGCAGCCCGGCGCACCCGUGUGCGAACCUGUGCAUGUCGAACAUUGAUCUUACGUCGCCCACUGGGAAGGCCAAAGCGACGUGCCUCAACGUGAAACCGAUCAUUACCGGCACGAUGAACCCUGCUGGGUGUUAGAAGAUUGCAGUAUGAGGAACGUCGGCACAAGAUUUUCAGUAGAAGCCACAUGAAAUGGUUUUAAUAUGUAUGGUGUCCUCUCCUAUAUAAGAAAAAAAAAAAGAGAAGCUGGUAUGAUGGAUGAGCACCGGUGACAAAAAAAAAAAAAAAGGAUGAUGUUUUUUUGUUUUUGUUUUUGAAUUUCUGGUUGUGUUCACUCUUUGAUUUGUUACGGAGGUUUGCUUGUAAGUCUCCCGAGUGCGCCUAUACUAUAUUCGUUGAUGAAAGAAUUGCGGCUUAUUGAAAGUUUCUCUUUAGUUGGAUGUCAUUUUCUUGGUUUAAUAAGUAGAUGCGGGAAAUUAAUUCAGUUCAUCAUUUAGUCAGUGAAUUAUUCGAGAAUUAGUG